UGCUAGCUUUUGUGCGGCAAACAAUAUAUGCAUGGACAUUUUGUUGUCAUGUCCCGAUCGAUUGAACCACGUGCGAAGGAAUAGUUACUAAUGUACGUCACGGAGUACGUAGUUAUCCUUUUUCUUUUUUUUGCAUGGUUACUUAGUUAUCCUUUUUUUGAGGAACGCUUGCUUUUAAUCCUCAAAAAAGAAAAAAGAAAAGGAACGCUUGCUUUUGGGUGCGAAGGAAUAGUUUCUAAAUAAUACGGUGUCUGUAGUUAUCGUUUGACGCGUGAGUUUAAUGUAUACAGCUCAGCGCAUACCGAAUCGUAUCUCAUUGCCUAUCACGAGUUUUAAUGUACGUAGCCCAGCGAAGCGAUUCCUCUCCUAUAUAAACCCCUCGACCCCGAGACGAAGCCACACCCACAGCCACUCCUCUUCCUCCCUUUCUCUGAGCCUAGCCACCGAGCAAGCGAGCAAUGGCGCCGCCCAACCGGAGAGGUGGCAGCGGCCGGAAAAAGACCGUCAUCCGCCGGAUCGAGCAGAAGGAUGCCCGGCACAUCAGCUACUCCAAGCGCCGCAGGGGGUUCUUCACCAAGGCCAGCGAUCUGGCGGUCCUCACCGGCGCCCAGGUGGCCGCCCUCGCCUUCUCGCCCGGCGGCAACGUCUUCUCCUUCGGCCACCCCUCCAUCGACUCCGUCGUGGAACGUUUCCUGCCGGCGGAGGGUGCGGGGGUUGGCGCGAGGGAGGAGAGCACGGCCGACGACCGCUUGCUGGCGGGAGAGAGCGCGGGGGAGGGCGCGGCGGAGGGCGCUGCCGACGAAGACAAGAAGCUGCAGAAGCUGCACGAGGAGUUCGACGAGCUACGCACGGAGCUGGUCGACGUGAAGAAGCGGGCCAAGCGCAACGAGGAGGCCAUGGCCAAGGAGCGCGCCGCGGGCGACCAGAUUGCGGCUUGGUUCGACCCGAAGGCGCGCGACAUGGGGGACGGGGACAUGGCGGCCUUCUUUGCCGCCCUGAUGCAGGUCAAGGACGUCGUCUCCGACCGCGCCAACCAGGUUCUCCUCGAGGCGUUUCAGUUCGACGUGAGCCGCAUGGCGGAGGUGGCCCCGCCGCCGCCGCCCCAGAUCUUCGGUGGCAGCAUGUUCGAGUUCGGUAGCAGCAGCGGCAGCGCCAACGACGGGACGGACUUCCAGUUUCUGGUGCCUCCGCCACAGGAGCAGGGGCUCCAGGCCGGGAUGGAUAUGCAGCAGAUGGUGAUGCCUCUGCCGCCGGGGUUGGCCGGCGGGCUGGAUAUGGAGCAGCAGAUGCAGAUGACGAUUCCUCCGCCGCCGGGGCUGGCCGCCGGGAUGGAUAUGGAGCAGGUGCAGAUGACGAUGCCUAAGCCGCCGGGGUUCGACGCAGGGAUAGAGAUGGAGAUAGACCAAUGGCUUAAUGUGAUGCUGCCGCCUCCGGAGUUCCCUGCCGGGAUGGAGACGGUGCAGCAGGGGCUCCAUCAACCGAACGCCGGCUUCCCGUACUGAGAUCCAAACCCAGUCAGAGCCCGAGCCAGUGCAUCUUCUAUUUGAGUCUCGGCGUCAAUCUCUUUUUUGUUUUGAAAUGUAGUCGUCGCGUCAAUCUUUGGUAUAUGCUGUGCGUCUACCCUGGAUUUGGACGAAAUUAAAUAUUUCAUCAAUAUUUUUAUUUGGUCAUUUCCUUUCCUUACCAUGCAUAUCAUAAUUAAUGGGCUGUAAUCUGUAUUGCACCGAUAUGAUGCUGGCUGGAAUGUAAUGAAAUACAAAGGUCGAUCUGUGCUGGAUACAUCUAUGUAUUAAUUACUGCGUAUAUUAUUACUAAAACAAGGGACAAAGGAGCCAUCACAUGCAUUCACAUCAUCUACAAUUUUGACAACGUUUAUCAUGUUUUUUAAGCGGCUGAGAUUUAAAAGAUUCAAAGGUUACAUACAACUAUAUUUUGUACAAACAAUUCACGUCAGAGGAGGUACAUGCCAUAUGACAUAUGUAUAUGCAAACAAGAAUACACGUGCAAACCUCGCGGCAGGCGUGGUGAGCAAUCUUCAAAUCAUUCAAAUUAUAAAGAAUACACGUGCAAAAACCGCAUGGGACAUGUUUUAGCAAAUUCAAAAUUCGUAUAGAAUACACGUGCAAAAAGUAAAAAAAAUUAGAAUACACUUACAAAUAUGUGAAGCAUCCCGACUAAAAAAAACAUGCCGAGAAUCACGUGACACAUAUUCAUACCGACCUGGACACACACCGCAAAUAGAUACGGACAUGCAACAUGAAACUCUCGCCCGUACCACGGCCGCCGAUAAAACACACUGCAUGAACCAAGACGCCCAAACGUCUAAGACAGCUACAGUGCAGCAUGCCUAAAAAAUUAUACAGGCCCGUGAUGCUUGCACGUAUGAAAGUCAACUAGGAGUACUAUGGAGGGAGUACUGUAAGUGUAUAAAAGUUAGUCAAACAUUGAAGAGUUUGACUUGAGACAAAGCUCAUAUUCAGAGUAAAAAGAAAUGGAGGGAGUACAUAAUUUUGCAUGAGGUCUAUAGAAACUCCGGAAGGUCAACCGUAAUAGGAAGGCAGCAUUACCCAAGGAAAAAACUCCAGAGAA